UUGUGAUUCGUUUGAACAUAUGCCGCGGAUAAUAUCCAGAACCAGAAGCUACUUAUCACACUUUUUCUCAAAUUACAAAAUUCUCCGUUUCUUCUUCAUAAUGCGAACCCUAAUUCUCAUAAUCAAAGCUUAAUCCACUCUCUCCACUGGAUCCGCCAUUGAUGACGUCAUCACUACCAGUUCGAGCUCCGUCAUGGGUUUCUUCCCGGAGAAUCUUCGAAGAGAGACUUCAAGAUCUUCCCAAAUGCGCCAAUUUAAACCAAGUGAAGCAACUUCACGCCCAGAUAAUUCGACGGAAUCUUCAUCAAGAUCUACACAUAGCACCAAAGCUAAUCUCUGCUCUUUCUCUCUGUCGUCAAACGAAUUUAGCUCUUAGGGUUUUUAAUCAGGUUCAAGAACCAAAUGUUCAUCUUUGUAAUUCUCUGAUUAGAGCUCAUGCGUUGAACUCGCAGCCUUAUCAAGCUUUCUUCGUUUUCUCAGAGAUGCAAAGAUUUGGUCUUUUUGCUGAUAAUUUCACUUACCCGUUUCUUCUUAAAGCUUGUUCGGGUCUAUCAUGGUUACCUGUGGUGAAGAUGAUGCAUAAUCAUAUCGAAAAAUUGGGGCUUUCGUCGGAUAUUUAUGUUCCUAAUGCUCUCAUUGAUUGUUAUUCUAGAUGUGGUGGUUUGGGUGUUAGAGAUGCUAUGAAGUUGUUUGAGAAGAUGAGUGAGAGAGAUACUGUGUCUUGGAAUUCGAUGCUUGGUGGGUUAGUGAAAGCUGGGGAAUUGAGAGAUGCGCGGAAACUGUUCGAUGAAAUGCCUCAAAGGGAUUUGAUUAGUUGGAAUACUAUGUUGGAUGGUUAUGCUAGAUGUAGAGAGAUGAGUAGAGCGUUUGAAUUGUUUGAGAAAAUGCCUGAGAGGAAUACGGUGUCUUGGUCGACGAUGGUUAUGGGUUAUAGUAAAGCUGGAGAUAUGGAAAUGGCUAGAGUUAUGUUUGAUAAGAUGCCUUUUCCGGCUAAAAAUGUGGUCACUUGGACGAUAAUUAUUGCUGGAUAUGCGGAGAAGGGGCUUUUGAAGGAGGCUGAUAAAUUAGUCGACCAAAUGGUGGCUUCAGGAUUGAGAUUUGAUGCUGCUGCUGCUAUUAGUAUCUUGGCUGCUUGUGCCGAGUCUGGUUUGCUUAGUUUAGGAAUGAGGGCUCAUUCUAUAAUAAAAAAGUCUAACCUCAAUUCGAAUGCUUCUGUGUUAAAUGCACUACUUGAUAUGUAUGCGAAAUGUGGUAGCCUAAAAAAAGCGUUUGAUGUGUUUAACGACAUGCCCAAGAAGGAUCUCGUCUCUUGGAACACUAUGCUUCAUGGUCUUGGUGUUCAUGGCCACGGAAAAGAAGCAAUUGAGCUUUUUUCGAGAAUGAGAAAGGAAGGGAUUUGGCCUGAUAAAGUCACAUUUAUUGCUGUUUUGUGUUCCUGCAAUCACGCGGGUCUCAUUGAUGAAGGCAUAGAUUAUUUCUACUCGAUGGAGAAAGUGUAUGAUCUUGUUCCAAAAGUUGAACACUAUGGUUGUCUUGUUGACCUAUUAGGUCGAGGAGGGCGGUUAAAGGAAGCGAUAAAAGUUGUCCAAACAAUGCCUAUGGAACCGAAUGUUGUUAUUUGGGGUGCUCUUCUUGGAGCGUGCAGGAUGCAUAACGAGGUGGAUAUCGCUAAGGAAGUUCUGGAUAAUCUGGUUAAAUUAGACCCUUCUGAUCCGGGAAACUAUACGCUGCUGUCAAAUAUUUAUGCAGCAGCAGAGGAUUGGGAAGGAGUUGCUGACAUAAGGUCAAAGAUGAAGAGUAUGGGAGUAGAGAAACCAUCUGGAGCUAGUUCGGUUGAAUUGGAGGAUGGGAUACACGAAUUUACAGUUUUUGACAAAUCACACCCAAAAUCUGAUCAAAUUUAUCAGAUGCUUGGUAGUUUAAUUGAACCUCAAGAUCCCGGUGAGCUGGUUGCUGUUGGAUAAACUGUGUAGUUUAUGUUCGCGAUGUCAAGAUCAUUAGGUAAUAUAUCUAUUAUAGGCUGUGAGCAUCAGCAGUGUGGCCUAGGCCAUAAAUUUGUAGUUCAUUUUCCAAAGGAACACAAAGUUGUUUUAUCCUUGUAACGAGUUCUGGUACUGUAUAUAGCAUAAUUUAUAAAUCUUGAGAUCAAUUUGAUUUUGCAAUACUAA